AACCCUAAACUCGCCCUAGCCAGGGAUAAGUAGCAGGCAGUUUCAGUACAUUGUAUGGUGCAGCGGGAUUUGAGUUAAAGUAGAGAAAGCUGAUGUUAUUGUGUUGUUAUUCUGUAUACUCGGGUUCUCAGAUAAAUUAAUAUGAUGGAGAGGUUUGACGGCUACAUCUUUCCGGUUGUUUGCAGCACUAAUUUUUUAAUAUCAUGUCUUUUGUUUUCUAAAAUCACUCGGGAGCAAAGAGAGUCGUAUAUGGAUGAAAUCUUCCACGUUCCCCAAGCUCAGAAAUACUGUGAUGGGAAAUUUACCGAGUGGGACCCUAUGAUCACCACGCUGCCUGGUCUGUACCUGUUGUCUGUUGGAGUGAUUAAACCGGUCAUGUGGUUGGUGGGUUGGACAGGAUCAGCCGUGUGCUCCACUGCCAUGCUGCGCUUUAUCAAUGUGCUGUUCAACUGUGGCAACCUCUACAUCCUCUAUCUCCUCAUCUGCAAAAUACACCCCAAGGACAAGUCCCGUGCGACUGGACGGCGUGUGCUCUCUGCCCUGACUCUGUCCUCCUUCCCAGUGCUCUACUUCUUCACAUUCCUCUACUACACAGACGCCGGCUCCACCUUCUUCACUCUCUUUGCCUACCUCAUGUGUCUGUACAGGUGCCACAAAGCUUCAGCUCUCCUGGGUAUCUGUGCUGUGCUGUUUCGACAGACCAACAUCAUCUGGGUGGCUUUCUGUGCCGGGACGGUGGCAGCUCAGAAACUGGACGAGGCCUGGAGGGUGGACUCGUCGAAAAAGCGGGACGAGAAAUCGCCAUCGCAGAUCUCGUUACGGCUUAGUGGUGUGAUGAGACUAGCGCACUUUUUACUAAAAUACCUCACAUCACCGCUCAACAUAAAGAGUGUGAUUUUAUCGACCUGGCCUUAUGGUGUAGUCGCUUUGGGCUUUGUUGUGUUUGUGGUGUUGAACAAUGGGAUUGUGGUUGGCGACAGGACCAGUCAUGAAGCCUGCCUGAACGUCCCUCAGCUCUUUUAUUUUUUCUCCUUCACUUUAAUCUUCUCCCUUCCAUUAUCCCUUAGCUACAACAGGCUCGUCAGAUUUGUGCAGUCUCUCCGGAAACAUCCUUUCCUCUUUCUCCUGAUCACAGCCCUGUCUCUACUCCUGGUCUGGAAGUUCACGUUCGUCCACAAGUACUUACUAGCGGACAACAGGCAUUUUCCCUUCUACGUGUGGAAAAGAAUUUUCCAGAAGCACGAGCUGGUUCGCUUCGUCCUCGUUCCUGCAUAUCUGUUUGCAGCAUGGAACUUUAUGGACACUCUGAAUUCCAAGUCUCUCUUUUGGAUCAUGGCGUUUUGCAUGUGUCUGGUCGCAGCUACGGUUCCUCAGAAGCUUCUUGAGUUCCGGUAUUUUAUUCUGCCAUAUCUGCUCUACCGCAUCCACAUCCCUCUUUCAUCCCUCCCUAGACUGCUGCUUGAAUUUGCUCUGUGUACAGUGGUCAACGUGGCAACGAUCUACAUCUUUAUCCAGAAGACAUUCCAGUGGUCUGAUAGCACUGCAGUGCAGAGAUUCAUGUGGUGAAAUGGGACUGCUGUAAUCUUUUUACUUUUUUUGUUAAAAAAAAAAAAAGGGAAAAAACAGUAAAAGUGAUCAUUGUUCUUAUUUCUUACUUCCUGCUCUGACCAUCUUCUUACUCUACAUUCAUAUAAGCAAGCACAAACAUUUUUGGGGUUAUGUUUAAUCUGUGUGGGUGUGUGUCUUUGGAGUUGUCACUUGUUUGCCAUGUGCAUAUAUUACUGUCUGUUUUGCCAAAUUUCUGUUCUGAUGUUGAUAUUUGUUGAAAAUUUGGCAGUGUUAAUAGCAGUGCUCCUGUGUUAUGACUUCCCCAUCGUUUAGUCCCACCGCAUCAGGUUGCUGUCGUCUACAAAUUUAGAUCAAACUCUUUUAGCUUUAACCCAUGUGUCUGUAGAUAAAAGAAAACAAUCAUGUUAGUCUUAGUCACAUUAUGAUUAUUAUUUUUUUGUGAAUGUGAAUUACCUUUAUUUAUGAAAGGUACCUGUUUUCUGUUAUUGCUCUGCUGGAGUUUAAAUCCGGUGUCCAGAUGCAAUAAA